AUGGUCUUCAAGGUCAUCGUUGUUGGCGGUGGAAUAGCCGGCCUCGCAGCGGCAAUCGCCCUCCGGCAGCAUGACAGGGAGGUAACCGUACUCGAGCAAUCUCCCAUCAGCGAAGAGAUUGGUGCUACGAUAUCUCUCCAGCCAAACGCAUCAAAAAUUGUUGAAGGACAAUGGGGCCUGGCGGCGAAGCUUAAGGAGCGCGGCUCCAUGGUUGACGAGGCUUUCAAAGUUUAUAAUCUAGAUGGAGAACUGCAGCUGCAUAUACCUCUCCAGACAAAAGGAAAGUACGGCGCGGAGAGGGUGAUGUAUCAUCGUGCAGAUCUGCAUGAGGCUUUGAGAGAGCGGGCAACAUCGCAUGCAUUCCCUGGCAAAGCGGCCACAGUCCGUACUUCAAGCAAGGUUGUCAACUGUAAUUGUGAAGAAGGAACUGUAGCGCUAGCCAGCGGAGAGGUCAUCUCUGCGGAUCUGAUCGUUGGCGCAGAUGGCAUCAAAAGCGUUGUUCGCGAAUCUGUCCUUGGAAAGAAAGUCAUUGCGCGGCCUACCGGACUCUCUGCGUACAGAAUGAUGAUCUCAGCAGAAUCCCUGCAACGGGAGGCCGACUUUGCUAAAGUCAUUGAUCCACGGAGGGGAUGCACAACAAUGGUGAUCGGCCGGGACAGGCGCUUGAUCAUGGGUCCUGCAAGGUGCGGCACGAUCUAUGGCAUUGUUGCUCUUGUGCCAGAUGAGAAUAUGAAUGAAGAUCCAACAAGCACGAGCUGGACAACAAAGGGAGAUCACGAUAAGAUGAUGCAGUCCUUCGCAGAUUUUCCAGACUGGGCACAAAAGCCUCUCCUCCUUGCAAAAUCAUCCAGCCUAGGGCUCUGGCAGCUCCGAGACCUGGAUCCUUUGCAUACGUGGUAUCGUGGCAGAGCGAUCUUGAUCGGCGACGCAGCCCAUGCGAUGUUACCUACUCAAGGCCAAGGAGCCAGUCAAGCGAUUGAGGAUGCUGAAGCGCUUGGAGCGUUCUUUGAGGAGUUUGAGAAAUCAGCCUCAGCCAACGCUAUGGAUGCUAUAGCCAGGGUGAACGAAGCUAUAUUCAGAUGCAGAGUUUAUGGAUUAUAA